AUGACGCCUCGUACGCGAACCAGCAAUCGAGAAACCGAUUUUAAAGUGUAUUACUCAAAGAAAAUACCGCAGCAAAUACACUUUCCGCAUAAGAGCAAGACGGUCCGGCGCCGCUCUACGCCCGUACCCGAUGACCACGAGAAGCGGCAGAUGGUGUUUCUGCCAGAUAAAAUGAGAAGGGAAACGAUGCGCAUGGUUAGCGACUCGGAUGAGGAUGGCGGGGACGUUGACACGGAUACAGAGGAGGAUGCGGAUGAGAAAACUAUGGACAAGGCGAAGCAGAAAGGCAGGAAGCGAGAUACCAGCAUCAUGCGUGAAGAGCAAGAUAACGAACACGACGAUUCCAUUCUACAUGAACCCAAACGUCAAUGCAAAACUGCGUCGUCAAAGAACCAUCGUCGUACACAGCGCGUUCAGGGCACGUCUGACAAUGAGGCGAACAAGAUGGAUAGAGAGCGCGCACUGAGAAGGCAGUCAACCAUGACGCAAAUGGUAGAUGGGCGAAAACCUAUGCCAGGCGUUGAAGAGCCUGAUUUUAAGCCUCUCAAGAAGACACCACGAUUAAGUUGGGGAGGCAAGGGCAAAAGUGACAAGAGAAGCAAGGAUCAGAAGCAGCAGACUCUGACACAGAUGGUGCCUGGAAUGCGUCCUUUGGAGAUAAUAUCAGAUGAUGAUAUGGAUGAGGCGCUUGGAAGUAUUGAAGUGGAAGAUAAAGACGGUCAUGAGUAUGGCCAUGCUGUAGCACGGCGACUGGCACAGCAAGGCCUGUACCAGACAGGGGACAAUGAUGACGCGGAGCUGACUACUGAAAAACUCAAUGGAGACGCAAAACCAUUAUUGAUCGAGAAAAAGGAGCAUCAGUUGACGGCAGAUUCGCAAGACAUGACCGGGUCUGUAGUGCAAUCAGUAGAAGAUGAUUGCGACGACGGGUAUAAGCCAACGCAAUUCAUUGAGGCUCCUUCCAGAAGAUCAGGCAGAGCGACCCAACGGAAUACGGUGGCACAAGCCCCAAAAGUAGGAGAUGCCUUGUCUGUCCCAGGCAAAUCGGAGAGAUCAGCCAAGGCCCGAUUCAGUCUCCUUUCUACCCCAGAGAAGCGACGAAUUUGUGAGAUACCAUCUUCUCAAUCACCAGCAGACUCGCCGCUGUCUACCCAAUUCACGCCCCACAAGCCGAACCAGUCGCCACUAAAUCAAUACGCGACAAACUCUAGCGAAAGAGCUGUAGAACCCCCAUCAAAGCGAAAGCAAGUGAGUUUCGAAAUGCCGCUCAAGACUCCCAUAUUUCCACCAAAACUGAGGAGAUUUGAGAGCACCAUCCAGGACUCCGAAGACGAAGACGAAGAUGCUAUUGAAGAAGACGUGCCUCUGUCUAAACGGGCUAAGCAAGAAUUUAGCGAGGACAUAGGACUCUCGACGCUGGGCAAAAGCGCUGGUACGGAUACUCAGGCUAUGCUUGAUCAAAUCGAUCGCGCGUGUGCCGAGGCCAACGAUGCCGGUGGUACAGUCUUGCCCGAGUCAUCGCUGGAAUCAGACAGUCUUCCUAUUCUCCGAGGCCACAAAGAGCCCUCACCCGAAUUAGGGGACCUUAAUGAGCAACCAUAUAGUAGAAGCGGGCGGGUUAUCCAGAAGGAUCGUCUAGCUUACCACGAUGAGCCAACUCGGAUCAAGCAAGAGCCUGAAAGCGAAGACGAAGACGGCGAGAAUUUUGCGGGGUUACCCUCUGUCUCAGUAAGAACUAGAGCUGAGCUAUCUACACAAAUCAAGCAGCUUCAUUCGACACCACCGAUUCUCGAGGCAGAUGACCAUAAUACCUUCCCUUCUGCGCCUAUAGCUAUGCCUGAAGAUUCUUUUGAUGAGGAGAUUUCACUUAAAAAAGAGCCAAGUCUAUCACAAUCGGCAAGGCAACCUUCCCUGCAGUCGGUAUCAGCCGACAUGGACCAAUCCGUGGACCUUAACGGCGAAUUCGUCCAGGUCCCCCGCUCUCCAUCUCCGCAGCACGAGACUCAAGAAUCCCAUUCAAGUAAGGCAGAGAAACAGCUACAGGACGAGUGGCUCUCCUAUUCACAGUACGUGAAUGCACUGCCUUCCAAAUCAUCAAGCCUGCGUGUCAUACCCGACGCAUCUAGCUACAAUGGCACGCCGCUACCACCUACAAACACCGCACAACUGCCACUACAACAACAACAGCAACAUCUGUCAGGUUACCGUCCUAGCCAAGCAACCACUGUCGACGAGAUAACGCAACGCACACCUCGUACCAAGCGAACCCAUAAUUUCUCAAGCACACACACUACUCCCCACCGCAUCGCCAGCUCCCAACCUGUCUUUAUUUCGCCGGACAAGCCCCCUCCCCUUUUCAUCCCAAGCAGUUUCCCUAGCCCGGGGAAAGCAGGUGCUACAACUGAGGAGUGGAGUAGUCCUAUAGUGAGUAUGACACAAGGUGCGCAUUACAGGAGUAGCCAAUGGGCGAGUCUAGAUAAUUUUAGUAUUCCGCUCCCACCGCCGCCGGUUGGGGAGGAGGAGGAGGAGUAUGACAGCGAGUGA